AUGGAGGUUCCGGAGGUGGAGGAGAGAAAGAAAGGUGCAUCAGGAGCUCAAAUGACAUCAGCUGCAGCUUUUGUGGAAGGAGGAAUCCAAGAUGGGUGUGAGGAUGCUUGUAGCAUUUGCCUUGAGAACUUUACCUCUAGCGAUCCUUCAACGCUGACAAAAUGCAGACAUGAGUAUCACCUGCAGUGCAUCCUUGAAUGGUGCCAGAGAAGCUCAGAUUGUCCCAUGUGCUUGCAACCUGUUAGUUUGAAGGACCCCUCGAGCCAAGAACUAUUUGCAGCAGUCGAACGAGAGAGAAAAAUCAGAGCAGCUGCUUCCAGAAAUACCACCAUAUUCCGCCACCCUACCCUGGGAGACUUUGAGUUGCAACACUUGCCUGUUGGCACAAGUGAGGCUGAGCUCGAGGAACGCAUAAUCCAACACUUAGCUGCUGCUGCUGCCAUGGGAAGAAGUCAUUAUGGUGGUAGGAGGGAAACCCAGAGAAGUAGGUCUGCUACUGCACAGCGCCGCCCACACUACUUAGUAUUUUCCUCAUCUCAUAAUGGGAAUGCAAGGACUGGACAAGUUUCCUCCUCCAUGCCACAUGUUGCGCGGGAAAGUGAUUCACCCGCAAUCAACAUAGCUACUCCAUCGACCCCUGUGACAGGCGGCAGGGAUGAGCCAACUCAGCUUCAUGCAUCAUCUGAGUCUUCCAAUAGGCAGACUACUCGAGGAGAAAAUACGUGGCAAUCUUCUCUACCCAGUCAGGAUGCAGCUGGAUCUUCGGACUUGCAAUCAUUUUCAGAAUCUUUGAAGUCUAAACUUAGCGCAGUAUCAAUGAGGUAUAGAGAAUCAUUCUCGAGAAGCACGAGAGGGUGGAAGGAGAGGUUUUUCUCUCGAAGCAAUUCCUUGUCGGAUAUCGGUUCUGAAGUUAGGAGAGAAGUGAACGCUGGAAUCGCAAGUGUUUCUCGUAUUAUGGAGCGUCUUGAGAGUCGAGAUAGUACUAGAACUUCUGGUGGUUCACAAUCUAUUUCCCCUGCUCAUACCGAUAACAGGAGAGAGCGAGAGAGCAGCCGUUUGAAUGGAAGCAAUUCAUCAUCACCUUUUGUUGCCUCUACAGCAGCUUCAGGCUCCACUUAA